AAAUCGUACAUCUACUGCGAGAUUUUAAACUGUUGCUUUACGGUCGUACAUCAUUUCACUUUGUUACCAGUUUAUCACUUCCUGAUUCCUUUUCGAUUUCGUAUUUCCCUGUUUGAACUACGGCUGUGAAUGUGAUGGAUCACCGUUCAUACGGGGAAGAAAAAUAUGACAGCGACCUUAUUGAUGAAGAAACUGAGUCAAGUCUAUACAGCGCAGUUUUCUUUGACAAAUCAGGCUACAAACAAAUGUCAUAUAAUUCAGUAUUAGAGCAAACAAACCCUCUUACUCCAUCUUUUUCAUAUCUGUCAGAAUCGUACAGAAGUCCUGUUUCGGAGCAUGUAGAUAAUCAAAAUGACAAUAUAACGGAUGCAUUGACAAAUUCAGCACGUGAAAGAACAAUUUCUUCUGAGGAUGAAUGUGAAAAGAGUAGUGAAUAUCUUUUAAACUCGUCGUCAAGUUCUGGUUGUAGUGUUGUGUUGUGCGGUGACAAUGAUAGCUAUAAGGCUACAAUCAGUCCCCGGGGUGUUGUUCUUGGUGUUUCCCAUGACACCCUUUUACAUAUUGAGAAUGAGCAUAGUGCUUUACACACAUUGGGAAAAACAGUAUCUGGGGAUGAUGCAGAUAUAUGGAAAAUAUGUAAUGCUGAUAGACAGUCAUCUCGCUCCAGUGAUGCUCGGUAUUUCAACAGUUUAGAUGAUUCCGUCUGUUCAGAAUGCGGGGAUCACAGAAGGAGGGGCCACAAGUGUCACCCUCUUUGUAUAUUUUGUGGUGAAGAGGGCCACGAAAAAGAUCAAUGUGACAAAGUAUAUUGUUAUGCGUGUUUCGCGCCUGGUCACUCCAAGAAUGAAUGCCAUUUGUUAAAGAGUCUGAAAAGAUCUAUAUGUGAACGAUGUGGGCAACAAGGGCAUAUUUCAACGUUAUGCACAGAACUAUGGAGACAAUACCGAAAUACCACAACUGAAGGUAAACCAGUACGCUUGCACUACAAUGUACAGUCGAAAGGUUGUUGUAACUGUGGGCGAAUGGGUCAUACUGUUGAAGAUUGUCGCUGCAAGCCCUUCAGGUCACAAUUCCUUGGUCCUUUACCAAAAAGAAGAGUUACAGUGUACGAUAAAAAAGACAUAUACGAGUCUCUCCGUACAGAUUUAGCACGAAUUCGUGCUAAAAAGAAAGGAAAGAAGAAAAAGAUGGAGAUAUCGGAAGAAGCGGACAAUAAUAGCACCAGUAAAGCACAAAAAUCUUCUCAGCCACAAAAAACGAAGAAAAAGAAAAACAAAAAAGCAAAAGUUAAGAAUCUCGGUGAACGUUUCAACAAAUUCUAUAAAGCCCACAAUGGUAAACAUAGUGAAAGAUUGAUGAAACAAACAGUGCCGUACGUAACAUCUUCGUCACCAUGUGUGGGAAACGAUUUCAAGCGCAAGAAAGUGGUCAAGUUAAGUGGAUCGUAUAUCCAGUUUUUGUCUUCACUUGGAGCAAUACCGAAGGAGGAGGAGAAAAGUAAGAAACAACGGUCGAAGUCUCAACCUCCUGAUUCCUAUUAUAAUGCGUCGUGUACAGCUUCCUCCUCUUCACAUAAUAUUGAAGCCAAUGAAAGCGAUUUCUGUAUAACUCAACGAACUAAAAAGAAACGGAAAAUGAGAUCCACAGAAAAGCCAAGCUCUUCCCAAUCAUCAGUGUAUACAAAUUACCAUAGCUCUUUCUCAAAAUCCAAGAAAAGGAAACACUCAUAAUUCUAUCUAUUUUUGUGUAUAUGCUUACUACUGUAUAAAUAUUCUGAAUGCAAAUCGUCUUUAAUGACUGUUUCAAUGGACAAAAUUGAAUGUGAUAUAUAGUGACCGAUUUCAUCUAGGAGAAGUUAGAAAACAAGCAACUUUGUGAUCAAUUGUAUUGGCACAUACUCACUCAUAAGUCUUACGAAUAAUGUGCGUUGGAUGAAUGUACAGUUAAAUACAGUCAUGUAAUAAGAAUCCCGUCUCUUUCACUGAGUAAACAGCCUAUGCAUUUUUCUGUCAAUGUACUUGUAUGUUUUUAUUCGCAGUUUUCAUCUUCGCAUUAUAAAUACCUAAAUUCAUAUUCGCAUAACAUGACGUAUCGAAGACUGAAAGAUUGAGCUAAGAAAUAUUUACUUUUCAGUUAGAUCCUCAUCUCUGGCUCUACUCUAAUAUACAUAGCAUUUUUAUUACAAUACACAACAGUUUACCAAACAAGUGGCGAUAUGUUUGUUAACAAUAAUUAGUCAGUGUCAAAAUGUCAAUGGGUUGAUAAUUAACGCCGAAAAUCAAUACACAUUUAAAAAGUAGAAAUGGAUAGAAUAAAUUAAUUUUACAAGGAUAACACGUAAUUAAAGAUGAAGUGGUCAGAAAAAAUAAUUGAGACAAUUAUAAUUUUUGUAAUUUUAAAGGCUUAGGAGGAGGGGGCAA